AUGGUAGAUGGAGAAAUGACACUCGUUGAGAAAACAACGCUCGAGAUGCCAGUAAAGAGAUCAAGGGUAGCAUCAUCAAGCAGUGCACCUAGGAAAACUACGAGACAACCACUCAGACAGUCGGAACCAAAUGUACCUGUGGCUUUUAACCCACAGUAUCAGACACUUCAUGAGCAUCCAAGUGAUAUCCAUCCGGUAGUUUAUGAGGCCACUCACCCGCUCACAGGAUUUAUUAUGGAGUACAUGGUGGAGCGACCGAGUUUCAUUACGUACAAUAUUGUGGAGACGUUUGAUCGUUCUAGAUGGGGUGGAGCGCUGGACUUCAAUCCCACACAGAUUUAG